CUGGGGUCGGGGCCUGGGAGUAGGGCUGGGACCGGGACUGCAUCCUGGGAUCGGGACGGGGACUUGGGACUGCGACUGGCACCGGCUCCUAGCACUCGGAGCGGGAACGGCGCGGGGCCAUGCCGUACCUGGGCGGCGAGGAGGCGCAGCGGGAGCUCCGCCGGGCGCUGUCGAACCCGCACGUGCAGGCGGACCCGGCGCGGUAUCGCGGCGCCGUGCUGCGCGUGAUCCGGCUAAUGGCGCAGGGCGUCGACGUGUCGGGGCUGUUCCCGGAGAUGGUGAAGGCGGGCGCGGUGCCGGACGUGGUGCAGAAGAAGCUGGUGUCCUUCUACGUGCGCUCCCAGGCCCCGCGGCAGCCGCAGCUGGCGCUGCUCGCCGUCAACUCCCUGCGCAAGGACUGCGCGCACCCCAGCCCGGCCGUGAGGGGGCUCGCCCUGCGCACCAUGUGCGGCCUCAGGAUGCCCGGGAUCCAGGAGUACCUGCAGCAGCCCCUCGUGAGCGGGCUGAGGGACAAGGCGUCCUACGUACGCAGGGUGGCCGUGCUGGGCUGUGCCAAGAUGGUGAAGCUGCAGGGGGACUGCGAAGUGGAUGGUGCUCUGGUGAACGAGCUCUACAGUUUGCUUCGUGACCAGGACCCCAUUGUGGUAGUGAACUGUCUGAGGGCCUUGGAAGAGAUCCUGAAGAAGGAGGGAGGUGUUGUCAUCAACAAACCCAUUGCCCAUCAUCUCCUCAACAGGAUGCCUGACCUGGAUCAGUGGGGGCAGAGUGAGGUGCUCACCUUCCUGCUGCGCUACAAACCCCGCAGCGAGGACGAGCUCUUCGACAUCCUCAACCUGCUCGAUGGCUACCUCAAGAGCAGCAGCCCCAGCGUUGUGAUGGCAGCCACCAAGCUGUUCCUGGUGCUGGCCAGGGAGUACCCAGAUGUGCAGACAGAUGUGCUGGUGCGGGUGAAGGGCCCACUGCUGUCUGUCUGCACCUCGGAGAGCAGGGAGCUCUGCUUCACCGCACUCUGCCAUGUGCGCCAGAUCCUCAGGACCCUGCCCGGCCACUUCAGCAGCCACUACAAAAAGUUCUUCUGCUCCUACUCAGAGCCCCACUAUAUCAAAUGCCAGAAGAUGGAGGUGCUAUGUGAGCUGGUGAAUGAUGAAAAUGUGCAGCAGGUUCUGGAGGAGUUGAAGGGUUACUGCACUGACGUGUCAGUGGAGCUGGCGCAGGGAGCGAUCUUUGCCAUAGCCAAUAUUGCCAGGACAUACACAGAGCAGUGUGUGGGGAUUCUGACAGAGCUUCUGGGGCUUCAGCAGGAGCACAUCACCUCAGAUCCACCUUCACAUCACUGCUGUUCCUGCUGCUCUCUUUUAACUGGUCUUGCUCUCAGGUUUGAAAACCACACAGCUUGCACUCAGCUGUUGAAUUCCAUUUCAGGAGCUGUUGCUGUGGUCCGUGCUUUCCGAGACCUGGCCUGGCUGUGUCCCCAGUGCACAGAUGCCGUGUGCCAGGCACUGCCUGGCUGUGAGGACACCAUCCAGGACAGCGAGGGCAAGCAAGCGCUGGUCUGGCUCCUGGGCACACAUGGGGAGAAGAUCCCCAAUGCUCCCUAUGUCUUGGAGGACUUUGUGGAGAAUGUGAAGUCUGAGACAUUCCCAGCAGUGAAGAUGGAGCUCCUGACGGCACUGCUGCGGCUCUUCCUGGCCCGGCCCGCCGAGUGCCAGGACAUGUUGGGCAGGCUGCUCUACUACUGCAUUGAGGAGGAGCAGGACAUGGCCGUGCGGGACCGUGGGCUGUUCUACUAUCGCCUUCUGCAGUCUGGGGUGGAGGAAGUGAAGCGGGUCCUGUGCAGCCCCAAGUCUGACCCCUCCCUGGGGCUCCUGGGGGACCAGAGCAAGCAGCCUGUCAAUGCCUGGGCUUGGGAGUUCAACACUCUGGCCACAGUUUAUGGCAGAGAGCGCUGGGCUCUCGCCACUGCUCAGCAGCCUGUGGAACCCUCUUACUCUUGCUCGCCUUAUGCUGACUCCAGGAACAGAGACACAGAGUCACUGGUUUCUGAAGGGACUAAGGAAGUCCUUGAGGUUCACCCUGGUACUCCAGUGUCUGAAGGGAAUAAAGAACUCCUCAAGGCUCAUCCUGAUGCAGGCAGCCUAAGCUUGAUUCCUAAUGUUUCCCUGACUGCAGAACAGUUUGAGAAGACCUGGCUGAGCCUGGACACGAGCUGCCAGCUCUCUCUGCCCUGGUGUGGGCUUGUCCAUGCAGACACCAUCCAGACAGCCCUUCGUGUUGUGCACAUCCAGACCAUUGCCAUGAGCAAAGCUGGAGCCCAGCCCUGGAAAGCUUAUCUGAGUGCCCAGCAUGACUCGGGCUGCCUCUUCCUUACAGAGCUCCUGCAUGAGGCAGCAGAUUCAGAGCUGCAGAUUUCGGUGAAGCAAAAUGAAGCAAAGCCAGAGGCUCUUCAGUCCUUCAUCUCAACCUUGAGGACAGUCCUGGAGGCGGUGGCUGGACUGGAGUCUUGACUGGUCCCUGCUCCCAGCAGGAUGUGUGCUCAGGGCACAGGAAAAGUUGAUUUCUCUGGCUUCUUUUGCCAUACCCAGUGCUGGUUUGGUAGUUUGAAACUGCACAGUUUCCAGUUUACCUGGAAAGCUCGGGUGGUGUGGGGGAAGCUGGGGCUGGGGAACAGGGCAGGGUGAAGAGUCUGCCUUCCCCCUGGGCUGGGGAAAGGACAGGGUCACUCUGGUGUGAAUCACAUGACUGCUGGCAUCUGUGGGGGUUGUCAUGAGGCACAAAUGUCACUGAUGGAACCAGAACUGAGCAGAAUCCAGGGGUAUGCUUUGGAGAGUUUUUUUCCUGAGAAUUAUAAAUAAUUAAACCAAACAAAACAAAACGCCAGAGGCACCAGGACUCUGCCACUUAUCUCACACUAAGAGGAUCAGUACAGUGAGGAGAGAAUAUUUCAUUCUGGGCUCCCUUUACAUUUAUUUUAAUUUGCUGUCUGACUUUAGUAGUAGCUUCACUUGGGGGUGAAGAGAGCUCUGCUGUGCCAGAGGAGGGUAGGCUCACUGGAACCAGCAUGGUCCACUUCCAAGAGACCGGUUUUUAGUUCAAAUGUGUUACUGAGGUGAGAAUUGCCCUCUCUGAAGUUCCCCCCAGCUCCCUGUGCUCUUGCCAGAAUCCUGCAGUGAGAUUGACCUAACAGGGCUUUAGGUACUCUGUGAGGAGCACAAGCUUUUUUUGACCCUAUUCUGCCUGAUUUCUUGUAAUUUUUGAUUUGUUUGAAUGACGUGAUUGGCCCUCAAAUGGCACUAUGCCUUCUGUGCACUUCACUGAAACCCUGUCACUGUUAGACAGACUUCUGCUUUUCCUAAUAAAAAUGUGAAUCCUG